AUGGUCUCCAGGCGUCUUUUCCCAGAACAAGUCAGACCCGAAAGUCUAUGCUAUGCUGUUGUAGUGUUCACGUAUGUGAGAUGUGCCUGCGUGGAUAUCGAGUCUCUAUUGGUUGAGAACUCCUCCAUGCCGGAGAAAGGAUUUCGCGUUCUUGAAUCGUCCACCUUGUACGAAUGUGGAGCAGAAUGUUUGAUGAACCAAAAUUGUAUGUCCAUCAACUUCGAGAAGAAAUAUAAACGUUGUCAUCUUAACACUGAUGAUAGUAACAAUGGCACGAUCAUUCAUGAAGAAGGCGUCGUCUACAGUGAUAUCAAGUAUUGGCCGAAGUCUUUAAUCGGACCAUGUGAGAACGUCAGCUGCAUCCCUGGUGAACGAUGCACUGUCGACCGACUCCAAAGACCCCACUGUGUUGAAGAUGUGCAACAUUGUGGCAGCCCCCCUAGCACUGGUAACGGCAGCAUGAACCACCAGCUUCAGUCUUUUGGGGCCGUCGCCAGCUACGACUGUGACGAUGGCUACGUCUACUGCAGACACACAAGAAACAUCCAUUGUCAGCGAGACGGUACAUGGGAGGAAGCCAGUACAUGUGAAAAGUACAUCUGGAACGAGACGGUGAUGAGCAUUUACAAUUUCAAAGAGAAUUGA